AUGUCGCAGACAAACUGCACAGAGGUAGUGAGAGAGGCCGUCCAGGCUAACAAGGACCACCAACACGCCUUGAAAGUAUACACGGAAAGACUUGAGGCAGAGCUUCAAACUGUCGACAAACUCCUGGAACCUGCUGAUGCUAAUCUGGACGGCGAGCCAGACAUCGAUGUCGGAGGCUCCAUCAUCAUUCCAGGCUCCGUCAAGGCAUCUGGACUCUUGACCCCCAGUGAAUUGCUUUCAGAAGACUCUCCCUUUUACGAAGAGGCUGCGCGGCGCAGUCGAUAUCUAAGCUUGACAGAGGUUCAUCCCACUGCAGUGACCAAGAAGGACCUUGAGGCUCUGAGAGAAGCUGUGAGGACCGAAAACUACCGCAUGCAUGCUCUAGAUGCUCAACGAAAAGGCAAUCCUGUUUUUACAAGUUUGAGUAAUCAACCGUCAAACUAUCUCGAGUUGAACAAGGAGGGCCUUGAUUGGGAUCGUAUCGCGGAGAAGGUCUCUUCAUCAUCCAUGUAUACGCGUACACCAAGAGAGUGUGAGAUACGCUGGUUGGGUGAUCAGCAUCCAUGUUUCAAUCAUGGCCCUUGGACACAAGACGAAACCACCAGACUCAAAGGGCUCAUCGCCGAAUACGGGGACGAGCAAAUAGACUGGGAGGUCGUGGUAGAUAAACUCGGGACCCACCGAACGCCUCUAGACUGCAUGAUACACGGCACAACGCGAAAAAUUCAUUUGUGGACACCAGAUUCUGACGAGCGUUUAUUAAAAGCUGUUGCUACUUUCGGUCACGAUAACUGGUCUGUAGUCGCCUGUCAAGUCUCAGAAGAUGCUACCCCUAGCCAGUGCCAGAAUCGUUAUCAACGCACUCUUGACCCUACUCUGAAGCACAAAGCAUGGUCUGAUGAGGAGGACUCACGCCUACGUCUCGCAGUCCGAGCGUACGGCACUUCCUGGGUGAAUGUCGCAUCCGCCAUCCCAGGUCGUCAUAAUGAUCAGUGUCGUGAUCGUUGGAACGAUAUCCUCAACCCUGCGAUAACCAAAGGGAAGUGGACCGAAGAAGAAGACCAAGAUCUUUUGGCCAUAAUACAACAAAUAGGGACUUCGAGCUGGAAGGAGAUCAGCAAUCGACUAGGCAGCGGGCGCACCGAUAGCAUGUGUCGAAACAGGUACAAUAAUCUCCAACGGCCGAAGACCUCGCAACCAACCAAAACACAAUCUCAAAUAGCAACUUUCAGCGUCAUCGCUCAACCCUCAAUGGACAUGGUCGCAGAGUCAUCUCGAGCAGCAUCUCGAAAGAGAAAAGCACCCAUCUCUGCCGAUGAGUCCACUGAGGUGAAUGAACUGGUGCCCAUCGAGGAGUCAAGUUCUAUGCCCAGACUUCCAGGUAUUCAUGUGACCACAAGGACGACUGAUUCGGCCAUAAUGUUCCUUGAACCGGUCAUCAGCGUCAACCCUGAAACUCACAAGAAACGCACUCGAGAAGUUCUAGGGAUGACCAAGAGCAAGAGCCAUGAGAAGGCGAAGGCGAAGUCAAAAUCAAAAUCAAAAUCAAAGUCAGCGGAUCCUAACGCUAGCACCACCCCUGAGAGCGCUGGCGACAUAUCAACGUCUACCAAAAAAGUGGGAAAAAGGAAAAAGGUUGAUGUAGAAUCCACAUUAAAAGAAAUUCCAGCCAAGAAGGCUCCUCGUCCUAAAGCCCGGCCUGUUCGCAGCAAAAAGAAUGCCGCGCCUGGCACCAUGGUUUUAGAUCUAGGGCCUCCUCCUGUUUCAGCGGGACUGGUGAUCAAGCCGGGCCGAGCACUCUAG